AUGGCUCAUCGCGUCUUCGUUUCUCUGUGCAUUGCAGUGCUUCUGAUGAGCGGGGUGCUCAGUGCUAACCAGCAAUCCCUGGCGUCUCUCGCUUUUUUGCGCGCGAGGCGAAGCUUCGAGGAAGGUAUCAUUGAGGAAGCUGUACGAGUUUUGCUUGCUUACGGCCAGGAUGCCGCUAGACAAGAGACCUUCGCUGCGUCGACUCGCGUGCCGGCACAUGCGCAAGAAGCAGAAGUCUUGAGCAGACAGAUGGGGGCCAUGGCUAUUGAGAGCGGUCCAACCACCCACCCCGAGCAGACACGUGAGGCACAAAGUAUGCGGUAUCACUCGAAGGAAAGCAAGCACAACUAUGACGAGCGUCUGCAGUCCGCUCGAAGCAACCUCUUGUUGAAUGGUCCAGGAACGCUGAGGAGACAACGAGGGGCGACCAGCAUCGGAAAAUUAGCUGAGUACACUCAUCAAUUGGCCAAAGCACAGAAGGCCGGGCACGAAAAGAGACUGGCAAGGGUAAAUGGGCACGCCCGGCGUCGCUUUGAGAAGGCUGUUCUUCGCACAAGUUCAGCUCAAUCUCAGAAGUUGCGACAGUCACGUUCAGACAAAGAAGCGGUUUUGGCAAAAGCGCACUCCGGUGAGAUCGGCAAGAUGCGGUGGAGGUCGUUGAUACAUCGCCUUCAACUUCAACGGCAAACAAAGACGAACAGUCCUGAAGGCAAGCACCCGUACAGAGUCGACGUUGUGGGACAACAAAAGGCGUCACCGCAUAGCGGCGUGGUGCAUACGACGCGAGGUCCGCUCGACGUCGAGCCCAUGGAUGCCGACUCUAAAGGGUCGUCGGACGAAGACGACCUCGGGCUUGGUGGACUUCGCCUGCAGCGCUGA